CCUCGCGUCAGUGCGCGGAUAAUCAAGUAGUGUCCUGCGAGUUCUCAGGGCGUCCUUCGUCGCACCAUCCCCGUGGUCGUCACGCGUCACGUUUCCGUCAUGUGUUGGUGUGUCGCCAAAAUCUGUUGGUCGUUGUUGAAGGCGAUGUCUUCUGCACCCUGUGCGGCGAUGGGGAAUGUCCCCGACGACGACCGUUCAAAGUUGUCAACAGCCAAAAGGGCAGCGGUUGCCGCGACCUUUACCGUUGUGCUUAUGCGCUGCCAGAUGGAACGCAGUGCAGGGAGAUUGAAGGCGCAGGUUCGUGCACGGAAGAGGAAAGCGAUGCAGGCGCUGUCGACUGCAGGACUCGACACCGCUGCCAUCUGCCACGCCGUCUUCCAGGUGUGUUGCGCCAUGGGUUGCGGCGGUAUGCCUAGAGCCACGCCCAGGUGGUGGGUGAAAAGGAGGACGGGGGGGGCGUGGGAGGAUCUGCGGCCUGCAGACGACGCCACAGAAGAGUACUUCCGCGAUAAGCUACGUAUGUCGCCACGUGUCUUCUGCGAGAUUACGAAAAACAUGUCACCAUUUCUGCAGCGCCGUGUGACAUUCUACGGGGAGCCGUUGCAGCCAGACCACAUCGUGGCAUACGCAUUGUACAGAUGGGUGUCCGGGGAGACGUACGAGAGCAGCAUGUGCAACUUCGGCAUUGGCAGAGCUUCGGGUGUGGUGGCGGUGGGGGACGUCACUGUGGCGCUACGGGCGGUGUAUGAGAAAAAGGUGUUGUGGUCGACUGGGGUACGAAAGGCGGUCGUUUUGCGUGCUUUCGCUGACAAGGGGUUCCCUAACUGCCACGACUGUAUGGACAUCAUGCAUAUCUACAUCGACAAGCCGGCGAACGCACCUGGUGAAGAUCACUUCGACAGGAAAUGACGUUUCUCAGUCGUCGCGCAGGUCGUUGUCGAUCUCGACUUACGUGUGUUGGACGUUUUCGUUGGAUAUCCGGGAAGCUGUCAUGACGUC